AUGCAUGCCCUCACGGCGACAUGCACAUUCAUUUUAAAAUUAGCUGUGCUACAACGAGUGAGCAAUGUCUGGAUUGGCCAUGACGGCCUUGAGCCAAACUAUCUCCAUCGCCCGAUUCCCAAGACUCCGCCGAGGUACAUCUUGCUUCUAUCACCUCAGGGCCAGUUCUCCUUCCUUGCAGGUCCACCAGCAUGGGCGAUUGACGAGACAACCCUUCGCAAUGUCAUUGAUAAGUCCCUGAACUUCUUCUACAUCUGGCCUGGCCUGGAUACUGUUGGCCUGCCAAGCCCCACGAGCCUUCUUGGCAUAGCGCUGCCCAGCGUGGAUCCUUUGCGUCUUGCCCUGUUCAAUCUUGCAGAAGCCUAUGCUUUCAUGCUGCUGCCGCUUCUUCUUUGGGAUCGGCCAAAGCGACAGGAUGUUUACAACUGGUGGGCACCGGCCAUGUUUCUGACAAAUGCGAUCCUGCUCCCAUAUUUUGCAGUUCGCGGCAUCGCAGGACCAUCGCAGGUUUCCAAAGCUAAGCCAAGUUGGGCUCCUUUGGUGGGCCUCAGCGCUUUGGCCGUGGCCGUCGUGGCACUGUGGCAGUCCUGGGGACUUUGGGGCAACUUCCUCCCCCUAGUUUUGGGAGACCGUGUCGCCUUUGCUUUUGCAGUGGACUGCACCCUCUUUGCCGUCUUGCAGGCGUAUGUCUUCGCAGAGACUGCUGGCCCGGCUUGGCGCUUUGUGCCCUUCCUCGGCUUGGUUGCAUGGCUCCUGCUGCCUGCCGAGGAGGAGAUGCCGCAGCAAGAGGGCCAGGCCCGUGCAAGUUGGCACUACCAGGUUGAUUUGGUCGACAUGAAGAAGCAGGUGGUACUUUGCUCCGGAAGCAUCUCUGUGCAGGAGAUGCUGGAUGAGAUUUGCCGUACAGAGGGGCGGUGUGAAGUUACGCAGUACACGAUCCGUGAGAAGUUGGAGGAGUCCAAGUCGUUUCUGCAGAAGCCCUCCACUCCCGAUCCGUUUGCGGACGACGUAAGGUGUGGGUCCGUUCUUCGGAAGAUGGUUUUGAAGCAGCUGGACAAGCCGUACAAAGCAGCGCUGGAUCAAGGAGUCGCAGACGCGGCCGGCCCCAAGGCCAAGCGCAAGCAGGUGGGCGAAGCCAUUGGCAGCGCUUUGGUCACGUUGGGACUCCGAAACAACACCGAGCGCGUCGAUCGAGGCACGGACGACAUGGAGCUCUACGUGCGCUUCCAGGUCGUCUCUCGUUGGAAAGGCCUCUCCAGAGGGAGCCGCAGUCCUCCCUCGGUGCCCAUGCGAGCGCCCUCUGCCGUGAGGUGUAUCGCCACCCUUGCGAACUCCAUCGUCGCGGGCUACGAGGAUGGCAAUGUCUUCGUCUGGGACGCAUGUGGACAGUCGAGCCCUCUGCACCAGUUCCAGGCGCACGAAGUGCCAGUGAGCGCCAUCGCUGUCCUGCCACCUCUCGGUUGUGUGGUCACUGCAGGCGAGGUGCGCAAUGGUCUAGAGGCACGGGACUGGCACGGGCUUCGGCCAAACUCGACGGAUCUUGGCCUGUGA